AGGAAAAUUCUAAAUCUCCUGGAUUUUGUUUUUCAAACGCGUAGUUCCUUCGUCAGCCAACAGGUGUCACUAUUUCACAGCCUUGCAUUGUAAGCACGUGACAAAGUGUGAAAGUUAGGGGUACAUGAGCGCCAGUAGGCUGUUUUCAUAGGGACGUUUUCCAUGACAUUUUAAAGUCACAGUUCGAGCUCCUGAGCUCAUCCAGUUUCUUCUGUAGCAGAGAAGCGGUUUGCUCGUGUCGACCAUGUCCAGCAGAACCAUACUGCACCCCUCCUUCCUGCCGCUGUCCGCGCGCCACCAUGGAGGAGCCGAACUUCAUCCGAUUUUCCCUGAAGAGGUUUUCUAUAUUGACCCCAGCAUGAGAUGCAGGAAGAGGAUCCCCAAUUUACUGACCCGGAUGAGGGUUUUUGAUUUCUCAAAGCUCAACACUCCACAGCCCAUCAUGUCGUCCCGUAUGGCUCCACCGAACAACCCCGACCCGUUUAGAUUUGGACCCCAUCCGACCAGAGACCUGGGCAGCCUCACGUGGAGAGGUUGUUCUUUGGACACCCACUUGCAGCCUCCUCGGGCGGUCAUCCAGCUAUCACAAGAGGAGGACCAAGCCAUUACCAACCUGCUGACACUGCACCACCAAGGGGCCACAGGAAGCAACUGCACUGAGCAAACAGGAAGUCUUUUAAACCCUGAGAGGAGCUGCUGCGAGGCAGCGCCGAUGAGCCCCGGAGCUCUGCAGAAUCCAAGGGGGGAGAGAGGCUGGUCAGAAGAGCUGAGAUGGUCUGAAAGUCGUGACCACGAUCGCAGCAGAUUUAGCUGCGUCACGGAACUCGGAGAUGAGGAUGGAAGGGCGUGUGGACCAGGGUCAGAGGUCAGCAGAGCCAAGGAACUGACUGAGUUGGAAGUGGAUGCCGUGCAUGUGCUCCUCAAUCUCAGCAAUCUUAAGUAACACAUCAGGGAAAUCUUUUUAAAUAAUAGUGGAUUUCCUCGCAUACAAAAACAUUUGUCUUAAAAUGUAUGUAGAUGCUUCCUUGAAGAAUUCUAAUGCAAAGUUUCUGACAUAAACUUUAACAAAACAAGAGUUUUUUAUUUAAUCCAGUGAGUUGAAGGAGCUUCAUUUACAUUUUGUACAUGUGCAGUAAUACCACACCACGACCUGCAGGGGGAGCUGCAGGAAAGUUCAUUGCCA